AUGACAUCAGUGGAUGAGCUCAGAGCAUCAACUGGUUCCAAGUCAACAAGGAAGUUAUCUUCAGUCAAGCUCACAGCAUCUGUUGAUUCUGCACUGCAAAUUCGAAACAAGAAGACAGCAUUGAUCAAGGUCAAACCAUCAAACUCUCUGAAAUCUCAUACGGCUGAUCUUUCCAAGACCGGGAGACAAGAAACUUCAUCGGCAUCAAAGAAAGUGGAAGCUUCAUCAAAAUCAAGUGCUGCCUUCAAAGCUAAAGAAAUGAAGUUAUCUUCAAAACCGAACUCUGUCACAGAGAAGACAUUAGUGGCAAGUAUUAAUGCAAGAAAGUACAAGAGCCUGAAAAUUGGGCCUCAUCUUAAGGAUCAUUCUGAAAACGGAAAAGACAAACCUAAGCAACACAGUGAUGUUGAGGUUGAGCAGAAGAUCAAAAAAGACAGACCUGUGCAACACAAUGAUGUUAAGGUUGAGGAGAAAACCAGAAAAGACAGACCUGUGCAACAUGAUGAUGUUGAAGUUGAGGAGAAGACCAUAAAAGACAGACGUGAGCAACAUAGUGAUGUUGAGGUCGAGGAGAAGACUUUGCAUGUCAUCAAGAUCGCCGGAGAAAACAAAAUUUUGCAAUCCGAUGAAAAUGCAAGUCAUGAUGCUGAAUUGCCCCUCCCUCAGUUGCUGGCGUCGCCCAAGUUUUCAUGCUCUUCGUCUUCUCAAUCCUCACCCCAAGAUGACCAAGAGGAAUAUGAAUAUACGACCAGUGAAGUUGAGGAGGAUUGGAUUUCAGUAAAGGCUGAAGACGAGCACAUAGAAAAUGGAGAUGAUUUGGAGGUGGACCAGAAAGGCAAUCCUAAAAAGGAUGGGGUUGUAGAUCCUCAAGACAAGGACCGCUCCCAAAUGACAAAAUUAAAGUUUAAAAAGGAAAAUGGGUUGAAGUUAACUCUGAAAAUCAAGUCCGAGGAGGCUUAA